GGCUAAUCAUUUGAAACGAUCCAGAGCCCUGAGGAGACGCCCCGAGCGGCUUCCGCGCGAAGCCACAUUUGCCGCUACUUCUAAGGCGCCUCCCCCAGUUGCCUAACCACGCCUCCAUCACAGGUUUAGGGAAUACGAUUGGUGGAUUAGUGAGAGGAGCAACGAAUCCGGGAGGAAUCCGCCAAUGGCUGCCCUCCAAUUGUCCCCUAUGGAAUCUUAGGCGGAGCCCUUCAUCACAGGCGCCGCAUAAGGAUCAAUUAGAAGAAUAGAAGCCUGGUGGCGAAUGGGCGUGUCAUCCAUCUCGGUGCUCCAGUAGAAUUAAAGCUUGGCAUAUCUUUUCAUGCGUGAAGCCGCAAGCAACGUUUCGCUUCUGAUGGAAAAAAAAUCCGAUUUCUGGGAGCAUCUGUUCCGAUCAACACGUGAAUCAAAAUAGAGCUGGAGGGGACCUUGGAGGUCUUCUAGUCCAGCCCCCUGCUCAAGCAUGAGAUCCUAUACCAUUUCAGACAAGUGAUUGUCCAGUCUCUUAAAAGCCUCCAGUAAUGAAGCACCCUAAACGUCUGAAGGCAUUCUACUGUUUAAUUUUUCUCACUGUUAAAAUCCUUAAUUCCAAGUUGCUUCUCUCCUUGAUUAGUUUCCAUCCAUUGUUUCUUGUCUUACCCUCUGGUGCAUGAGUACAGCUAGCAUAAGCAUCGGUGAGUUUGCCAACCAUAGACUAACACCUCUCACCACUUAACAGUAGCUGAUGAAGAGCUACCUGAAAAUCUAUACCUUUUCAUACAAAUAUGUUGGUCGGAAAAGGUGCUACCAGACUCCUUUAAAUAUCUCUCUAUCAUUUCAUUUUAUUACCCACAGACCAUGGUUUGUAAUGGCUGUAAUAAUUUUUGUUUUAACAGUGUCUCUCGUUAAUUUUGCAUUUUGGGUCUAUUGGCUGCCCAGAGUCACUUAUGUGAGAUAAGUAGAGUAAAUACAAAUAAUAAAUUUCUGUCAAUUACUAUUUCAAAUCCUUCUUAAGCUGAAAAAGAAUAGUAUGAUGGGAACGUAUAAGUGAUAUUCCCAAGGUAGCUAAUUGAUAAUAAUACGAAUUGUAUAGUAUUUAGAUUUGAUUCCAUAAAGGUGCUUUAGAGCAUGAAAUGCAACAGCUGCAUCUUUUUCCCCCAUGGCCAUGGCGUAACUACCUUUCACAGUUAGUGUGUGGUUACAGAAAAAAGCUUUAAAGAAUUGUAAACAGGUGUUAUGGUGGCAGCUUUGCAUGAUCAGAAGCAGUUUUCUUGAUUUAUUUAUUACAUUUAUAUGCAGCCCAUCUGCAAAUCUGAAUAGCUUAAAACAAAUUGUAAGGAAUUAAAUUUGAUGCACAGCAAAGCCCUAAUUAAAAGCUCAUAUUUCUCCUAAAGUUUAUCUAAAGUUACUAUAUUUGUUUCCUUCUCCCAUCUGCUACAUUCUUACAACUAAUUCUAACAAACCAUUUCACUCCUUAGUGCUUUUUCAAAAAUAAUGAUCCAAAAAUGAUGAGCCAAAAAUCAUUUCCAAUCCUAUAACUUUUAUUCACACAAAUAUCCUUUAAUUACAUUCUUAUCUUUGUUUCCCUAAACUGGUUUCAGUGGUUCUUGGACCUAAUGCAUAUUUGUUUAUUUUUCCAACAAAGUCUCAGCAUUGUUUUGGGUUAUUUUUCCCUCAUAACUCAGAAUCUAUCCUAAUCUUUGACACUCUUUUCACCACUAGCGAUUCAAAGAUCCCCAGGUGAUCUACAACUAUAAUAACUCUUCCCUUUUAAUCCUAAUUUCUACCUUCCAAGCUGUAUAUCCUUCUUUUCCUGUUCUUAUUUAAUUUGAAAUAUUAGAGGAAGUCUAAAUUUUAGGGGCAUAAGCAUUAAAAAAAAAUCUAAGCAUGUAGCAGUCCUAAUCAGUUACUUGUAGGCAAUCGUAAAGGCUUUCAAGAUAUUAAAUUCUUAUGUAUGGAAAAGGAAAUUUGGUUAUUCUGUGAUAACUCAUGCAGUAAAUGUGUUCAUGGCAUAAAACUAUUUUCUUGCAAUAUUUCCUUGAGAUGUGUGCAAUGCAGGUAAACGAGUUUGACUCAUCAGAUGAGGAGCCCCUGGAGGAAGAACAAACACCUUUUCAAAUAUCCUGGUUACCCUUAUCACCAACUUAUUCCCAAUUCCUAGGAAUCAGCUCACUACCAGGUUGUCGAUUCAAAAAUAUUAAAAGAAACCUUCAGAAAGAUAUAGAUGAACUAAAAAAUCACGGGGUGCUCGAUGUAUUUGUACUCUGUACCAAGGGAGAACUCACAAAGUACCGUGUGCCACACCUCAUGGAAACAUACCAGAAUUAUGGGAUCACUGUGCAUCACCAUCCUAUUCCUGAUGGAGGUACACCAGAUAUUGCCAGAUGCUGUGUUAUUCUAAAUGAACUGAGGAACUGCCUUGAAAGUAAACAAAAAGCCACAAUACAUUGUUAUGGAGGACUUGGACGAUCCUGUCUCAUAGCGGCUUGCCUUCUGCUCCAGAUAUCUGACACCAUAACUCCGCAGCAGGCAAUAGACUGCAUGAGGGAGUUGAGAGGUUCAGGUGCAAUACAAACUUUAAAGCAAUACAACUACCUUCAUGAUUUUCAGGAGACCUUGGCUGCCUAUUUGGCAACAGAAAGUGAGCGACCAAGAUCUGUAUCCCGAUAAAACACAGAGUUUAGUUACUAUCUGAAACGCAUUGCAUUGUUUUUACUUUGUACACAUAGUGGAAAAUAAUUUUAUUAGCUGCCUGCGAGUUACCGCCUUGACGAGGGAUAUGUGACUAUAUAGCAUAAGUCCCUGAAUAAAGUUCCAUCUGCGGAUUGUAUUUUGACAGCCAAUUAUAACAUGUAGCAGAACGCAUAAUAAAUAUUUUUAAUCUUUUUA